CUCGUACUGCCGUCCGUCCCAACGUUCGGAACGUUUCGGUCCUUCGGAUCCGCGCUCAUCACUCCCCUGAUAUCUGCGCUCACCACUCCCCUGAUAUUUACUACUAGAUUCCCGUCCCCCGGCGCGAAACGUCUGAGCACCUUGCCGCACCUUACCGCACCUUGCCGCACCGUGCCGCACCUUGCCGCACCUUGCUUGAAGUAGUAGUAGUACCGCAGCUUACUUCUCCGCACUAGUUGUAGCCGCAGCCCUCGAGCGCAGUAGAGUCGGCAGACGGCCCCGAGUAAGGCGUCACGGAUUACGAGACGCCUGCCGCUAGGCAGUCAAAUCCCAAGGCGCGAUUCCCAACUUUGGAGUCGGACUGCACGGACCUCAAAGGCCGUCCUCGGGGAAGCUCAAGAGUUCAAUAUACACGCUAAGAGGCGGCGUCUCGGCUCAGCCGUUCCGAUUCGAAUCCCUCUCACCGCCAAGAUAGCGUCCGCUUGGGCGGCAACCCUAGGAACUGCUUACUACUAGGGUCGCUGGGAGGUGCUUCAAGGCCGCCAUGCCGCGUUCGUCUGAAGCAAUGGGCUCGAAUUCUCCACCGCACAAGGCGUGGUCCCGAGAGGAGGACGCGGUUCUGCUGCGCCAUGCGCUUCAUUGCGGCACAAGGCGGUGGGAAGCGCUGGGAAGGAGCGGUUGUCUGAAGAGAAACAACAAGUCGUGCUGUAACCGCUACAUCUUCCUCAGAAGGAAGUUCCUUGGCCGCUUUCAACAGCACCUCUGGAGGGAACACUUGCACGCCGGCGCACCCCCCUGCCGCAUUCCCAUGGCUCAGAUUCCGCCCCUAUAUCAUGGCCAGCAGCAGCAGCAGCAGCAGCAGCCAGCUAGGCCGUCUGAGUCACCUCCACAAGCGCUUGCAUUCGGUGGGCUGUCACUUGAUGAGUGCUGGAGCGUCUUCCUCUCACCCAAUUCCCGCCAAGCAGCAGCCCAAGCCGACCUCUCGUCUGCCUUCGCCUCUGCCGCUGCCUCCCACGCCGUUGCCUCCCAUGCCACUGCCUCCCAUGCCGCUGCCUCCUUUACUGCUCCUCUCUCCACUGCUGCUGGAACCAGCGCUGCAGUCCUGGACGCCACCGCUGCCUUCUAUGAGGUGAUGAGCGCAGCUAUGAGCGCCGACCCUGCUGCCUCCGAUGCCGCUGCAGUGAUGAGUGCAGCGACCGGCCCCAGCUCAGCUGCCAUCGACGUGCCCAAGAAGCGCGCAAGGGAGGUCUGCAGCACGGCGCUUGGGGCUGACACACCAGUGCAGGACGGAGCUGAGAAUGGGGUGGCGUGUGGGGGGGCGCGGCACUCGCGGUCCUUGGAAGAGCUCUGUGCGCUGCAGGGGGCGGGAAGAGGGGGGAGCGGGGGGCAGACAGCGGGGUGGGGGCGCGUGGAGUCAGAGAGCGCCCUGCUGGAUGAUCCGCUGCUCGAUGACCCGCUGCUCGAUGACCCUCUGCUGGGAUUCAGCCGCGACGACCCUGCAUUCAGCUGCGAGGACCCUAGCUUCAGCGUGCCACCUGCAGCACUGUCAGCACCGCUGUCCACCCAACUUGCUAUGCUGGCCGGCUGUGGUCCCGGGAAGGUGAGGAGGUGCAACGCAGGGACUGCCCUCACCAAUGCUUGUGAUGGAGGGCAGGAGCUGACCCCGUCGAUUGACACGUGCACCGAGGUGCAACGCAAUGAGUCUCUCUUUCUCGACACGUGCCACUUGGUGCACGAAGUCCCUCUCCUGAUGCAAGAAGCCCAGCCAGACCAGGGCUCUCUUCCGCUUCCCACGUCCCCACCUCACCUGUGGCUGCCUGGUUCCUUCCCUGCCGCCCGCCUGCCCGUGCCGCCUCUGCCAUCCGCCUUCACCCCCUGUGCUCCCUCCCACCCGCCCUUGGUGAGUGAGCCUGAGGGACGGGCGCUGACAGUCCCAGCUGCUGGGGCAACCAUGGCAGAGUGGGCGCUGGAGCAGCGAGGGACCGGGGAGGGAGUUGCUGAAUCGCACUGCCACUAUCAGCAGCAGCAGCAGCAGCAGCAGCAGCAGCAGCAGUUCCCAGACCUUCACGUGUGUGCAUGCAUGUACUCGUGUUCAUUGCACCAGCCCCUGUCACAGCCUCGACCACACGUACCGCCACAGCCACUUCAAGAACCACUACCACACCCACUGUCACACCCACCGCCGCAGCCAGUGCCGCAUGCUCUUCUGCAGCCUCUCCAUUCCCAGCAGCCAGUGCAAAAGGAUUGUGCAAUCACCCCUCAAGGUGCCAUGCGAAUAAUUGCGAACCCAAGGGGUUCGCGCAUGCGCACGCUCAUGCCGCGCCUGCUGCCGCGCUCACUGCAGCAAUCUUCGCCACACUCCCUGCCAGGUACUUCGCUGCUGCAGGGGGGCUUAAUCCAUAUACCUGGGGAGUUCAGUUAUCGUGGCGGUGCUUCCGUACCUCGGAUGCAGGAUACUGUGGAAGCUCACAUGGCUUCCGAAUAUUGACGAACCACUACUUUAAUUCAUACGAAGGUUCCACAACAAGUGUAAUUGAAGUUAGGGGGCCAACCACUUCGAGGCCCAUGAUUGGUUGGGGGGUUGACAUGCCAGACAGUGGCAAUCAGCUGAGGAGGGUAUGCAGCUUCACUAGUACAUGCGCAUCCCCUCUUUAUACUCCCACCCAACCCAACGUGUCUUUUCUCAAAACUCUUGUACUCAUUCUGGCUAGGUUUUGUAAUGUGUUUGACCAAGAUGCCCUUGACUUGAUAGAGGAAGGCUUAUGUAAGGAAAUGUAAUAUAGUGUAUGUACAGAA